AUGGCAAAUGAAGGGAGCCGGCCUGAGGCCGGCGAUCCCGCCCAGGAGAGCGAGCAAGUGCUCCUCACAGGGCCACGGAGGCAACGUCUCCGCGAGCGCCUCUCAGCCCUGUCCAUGUGGCUUACGGUGAAGACGGAGCCGCCGAAAUCUGGCGGCCCAGCGGACACUGAGGUGGGCUCACCAGCCUCCAUGCACCCAGAAUCUCCACCGGCAUCGCCGGCCUCGCAUCCAUCGGAUCCAGAAGCGCUAUGGCAGGAUCUCUGGGAAUCGAUCAGCACAAGCGGCUUCCGAGAAGGCGAGCGAAGCGCCAUGUCCAGCGCAUGUGAGCUGUGGCGGCGCCCAACAGCCAGCAAGAGCAUUUGGUCCAGACUAGCGAAGUCUGGGCCUUCCGAGGCACAACAUCGAGACUGGGAAAGAGUGAGCAAGGCAGUGCGUGCUGGAGUUCCUCCUGCUCUGCGCUGCGCCGUCUGGAGCACUUGCAGCGGUGCUAUCGGGAAGAAGAGCCAGGUGGCUGCAGAGCUUGGCCAAACCCCUGACUCCUUAUAUCCCUCUUUCACAGCCCAGGGUCUUCUGUUGCAGAACGAAGCGUCCGGAGUUAUUGAUGUUGAUGUGCCGCGUACAGGCUGUGCUGAGGCACUGCUGGAACCCCUGCGACGAGUUCUGUUGGCCUUUGCCGUCAAGAACCCGCAGAUCGGAUACUGCCAGUCCAUGAACUUUAUCGUGGCGACCCUGCUUGAGUUCUGCGAUGAGGAAAGCACCUUCUGGAUUCUCUGCAGCCUUGUUGAGGACAUGCUGCCAGAAAACUACUACACUCGGAACAUGGUUGGUGUCCGUGUAGACAUGCUGGUGCUCACAAGCCUUGUGAAGCUUCAUCUGCCCAUGCUACAUGCACAUCUCGUGGAGCAUGACAUCGACCUUUCCCCAUUUACGAUGGGCUGGUUCUUGUGCUUGUAUGUGAACACACUGCCAAAUCCUAGCUUGCACCGGGUGCUGGAUUGUCUUUUGCACGAGGGCUCCAAGGUCCUCUUUCGAACUGCUCUGGCAAUCUUGCAGCUCUUGGAGUCUUGUCUACUGGGUGUCCACAGCGUUGCCAAAGCUUACGAGAUCUUGCGCAGCCCAACAUGUCCAGAAGAUGACCUGCUGUGCGCUAUGCACGGCUUGUGGCUACGAGGUUUCUCAACAGAGAGCGUUUGCGAACUUCGGCGGCAACAUUUGAAAGAGGUCCUCGAGCAGGAUGCCGUGGUAGAGGCUCGUCGUGCUGAGCUGCGGGCUCGCCGGGAGAGUCGCGAGAGCGAGUGCCCAGGCUCUGUGGCAGCGGUGGAUAGCGAUGAGUCUCUGACCCCAAUGAGAAACUUGGAAAGUUUCCUGAAAGUGGCAGACAGAGAUCCCAGUGAUGCCGAAACUGAGUGA